AUGAGUGAAUGUAUGAAAGAACAAAAAAUUAAUGGCAGUUGUAUGCAAUAUUCACUAGCUGUACAUAACAUUGAUUUUGUUACUUAUCUAAUGAAUGAGCACAACCUCGAAAUAGAAUUGAAUUAUUGCUAUUACUAUCAUAAUAUUCGUGCAUAUUUCAUUUAUUUAGAUCAAACAAACGAUUUUAAUGAAUGUUUUACUUAUUCACCUUGUUUUUUUAUUCCUAAUCUCAUUGAAUAUUUAUUUUCACAUGUUUCCGAUAUAAAUUUUACAAAUAAAGGAGGUAUGUCUGCACUUCAUUAUUCUUCAGUUGUUAAUAACAAAUCAGCCGCUGAAUUUCUUAUUGCCCAUGGAGCCAAUGUUGCUACAACAAUUAAAAUGUCUCGUAAAUCUUCGAUUCAUAUUGCUGCAGAACAUAAUAGUUUAGAAACUGCAAAUCUUCUUAUAACGUAUGGAGCUGAUGUUAAUGCAAAAAGUAAUCAAGAUUUGACUCCUCUUCAUCAUGCAGCAUUGUUUAACAGUAAAGAAACAGCAGAACUCCUUAUUGCAUAUGGUGCUGAUAUACAUGCAAAAACUUCUCGUAGUUUUAAUGCUCUUCAUUUUGCAGCAAGAGAAAAUAGUAAAGAAAUUGAAGAACUUCUAAUUGCAUGCGGUAUUGAUGUCAAUGCUAUUGAAGACAAUUAUAAAAAAUCUGCUCUUCAUUAUGCCGCUGAAAAUGGUUGUGAAGAAAUAGUAAAAUUUCUUAUCUCAAAUGGUGCUGAUAUCAACAUAAGAGAUAAACUGAAUGAUACUGCACUUCAUCAUGCAGCAUGUAAUGGUAAUAAAGAAAUUAUAGAAACUUUACUUUCACAUGGAGCAGACAUCAAUGCAAAGGGUUUUCAUGAUAUGACUCCCCUUUGUUGUGCAAUAACUCAUAAUGAGGAAGAAGCAGCUAAAUUUCUAAUAUCACGUGGUGCAAAAAUUAAACCAUAG